GCCGCCGUGCUCUUCAUCUGCGUGGCCGCGGCGCAGGUGAUGAUAGUCAUCCUGGGCCGGUACAUCCAGACGUCGAUAGACACGGCUUACCGCUGGGGUAACCCGAUGCUCUCUGCCCCCGGCUACCUGUUCGGCACCUACGCGGAAAAACCAGAGGACGUUGAAAGUCUGCUGCAGGAAGAUCUGGUGGCCGGCCAAGUAUUGGACUCGAUGGAGAGCGACACCGAUCUGACGAGCGCCCACGACCAGCUCUCCGACCUCCUGUACGUCGACAACAGCGACGCCUCGCCUACCGACUCGGACAGCUCGGACAGCGGCACCUCUACCGAUGGUGACGCCCUAGACGGCGACAGUCUGGACGGCACUUUCACCGACGGUGACGCCCCAGACGGCUACAGUCUGGACGGCACCUUCACCAACGGUGACACUCCAGACGGUGACAGUCUGGACGGCACCUUCACCGACGGUGACGCUCUGGACGGCCACCGUCUGGAGGACGACACCCCGGACAGCGACAGCCCGCACGUCAGCUCUCUGGACGGCGGUCUGGGGAGCGAGGGGCAGGGGCGCCCGGAGCGCCCCGAGCCUCUGGGGGACGGGGUGACGACCAUCCUGGGACCGAGCGCCACCGUCACCCCCGCGUCGACAGAAGUUGGGUGGCAGGGUAGCCCGGAGGCGGCCAGUGUCGGUGACGAUGGUGACGGGGUGGGAGACGAAGAGGACAGCGACACUCCCAGCGUAGACGAAGAGGGUAGUGAUACUCCCAGCGUAGACGAAGAGGGCAGCGACACUCCCAGCGUAGACGAAGAGGGCAGCGACACUCCCAGCGAUCAAGACUGGUCCUCAGUCGAGACUUCCGAAGACGAGCAGGAUUACGACGAAGAUGAAGAGGGAGAUGACGGGGACGGCGACGGCGGAGGCUUCUUCGGAAGGGUUGGCAGGUUUUUCCGGAGGAGAUCGGCGGGCAGCGCCAACGCCAGAAACGGCGACGAUGGUAGGGACCCCGGCGGCGACGACGACUGGUCAGAUGAAGCUGACAGAGACGGUGGAGCCGAUGACGAUGACGACGACGCCGGGGACUGGAGUCUCGGCGGGGGUGUCGAACACUUUGGUCAAAUGGUUGGAGACGGAGUGGCCGACGCCGCCGGCGGGGCCGCCGACUUCGUUGGUGGACUGUUCAGUCGAGGAAGGUCGGACUCGGCUGACGACGGUGACGACGAUGACGGCGGCGGUGGCGGCGCACCAGCGGCGAGCGAGCCGUGGACAGACCGGCGAGGAGCGCCACCAAGGGCGUGA